AUGGCGGCUCCUCAAGUUCACCACCUCUUCCACGCUCCUAUCGCUGACCACUCGUUCUCGGCCGACCGCCAGACACUGGCCAUCGCUCGCGAUUCUACCAUUGAGCUGUAUGGGACUGCCGGCAACUCCUUCAAGCUGAAGGAUGAACUUAAAGGACAUGACAAGACUGUAACCAGUGUCGACAUUGCUCCUAACAGUGGUCGCAUUGUCUCCUGCUCCCAAGAUCGCAACGCUCUCGUGUGGGAGCCUUCGCCGAACGGAUACAAGCCUACGCUUGUCCUCCUCCGAAUCAGUCGUGCUGCGACAUUCGUGCGCUGGUCGCCUUCUGAGACGAAGUUCGCCGUCGGUUCCGGCGAUCGUGUCAUUGCAGUUUGCUACUUCGAGGAGGAAAACGAUUGGUGGGUUUCGAAACACUUGAAGAAGCCUAUUCGCAGCACCAUUACAUCCGUCGCCUGGCACCCUAACUCCGUCCUUCUUGCUGCCGGAUCCACCGAUGCCCAUGCCAGAGUUCUCUCUAGCUUCAUCAAGGGCGUUGACCAACGCCCAGAGCCUACCGCCUGGGGUGAGAGACUGCCAUUCAACACUGUCUGCGGAGAGUACCUGAACAACUCUGCCGGCUGGGUGCACUCUGUUUCUUUCUCGCCUAGUGGAAACGCUCUGGCUUUUGCUGCCCACGACAGCAGCAUUACCGUUGUGUACCCUAGUGCCCCCGAACAGCCGCCUCGUGCUGUCGUUACCAUUACCACCCAGCUUCUGCCCUUCAUGAGUCUUAUCUGGAGCAGUGAGGACGAGAUUAUUGCUGCCGGCUACGACUGCGAGGCCUUCCGAUUCAAGGGAGGUGAAAGCGGUUGGGGUCUGGCCGGAACUCUGGAGUCCAAGGGGCGCCCGGGCCUCAGCGACGCCCGCGAAGAGUCCGCCUUGAACAUGUUUAGGCAGAUGGAUCUUAAGGGCAAGGCUAAGGAUGAUACCCAACUCAAGACAGUUCACCAAAACACUGUGACAAGAAUCCGCUCGUAUGAAGAGUCGGGCGGCAAUGUGACAAAGUUUACCUCAAGCGGCGUCGACGGAAGGAUUGUCAUUUGGAGCACUUAG